AUGGCCUCGAGAACUGAUGCACGGUUGUUAAAAACGACCAAAUUCCCACCGGAAUUUAGCAAGAAAGUGGACAUGCAGAAAGUGAACCUCGGCGUUAUGAAGAAAUGGAUCGCCAGCCGCAUUUCCGAGAUUCUAGGAAACGAGGAUGACGUCGUCAUCGAAAUGUGCUUCAAUCUAGUCGAGGGACCUAGAUACCCCGAUAUCAAAGCACUCCAGAUCCAGCUUACCGGAUUCCUCGACAAAGACACGGCGCCAUUCUGCAAAGAACUAUGGAAGCUGUUCCUCAGCGCGCAGGAUAGCCCUCAAGGCGUCCCGAAAGAGCUGCUAGAAGCCAAGAAGCUCGAACUUAUGCAAGAAAAGCUGGAGCAGGGGAAAGUGGUCGACGAUUCUAGAAAGCGCCGUGAUGAACCCGACCGACACCGCGAGAUCGAGGCGAUAACCGCCAAGGGCGCUGGAAUGACCGUGGGUUCGACAACCGUGGGGGACCUAGACCUGCACAGCGAUCUCGAUCUCCCGAUGCCCGACGCGGCGGACCCAGGGCUCCCUACAAUGGCGAUAGCUACGUGCCGCGCGCACGUGAUGGACCGCAACAUGGACGAGGACGAGACCGCCGACCUCGGCGCUCGCCUUCCACUUCCUCGUCCAAGCGAUCGAGCUCGUCAUCGCGCAGCCGCUCCCGAUCUCCAGCCCCGCGCCGAAGAAGAUACUCGCCGCGACGUGAGAACAAGCAACGCAAGCGAUCGAGAUCCCGAUCCCGAUCACGCUCGCUGCGACGUGAUGCAGAUCGAUCUGGCCGACGUGGAGACAGCGUUAGGUCACCUGCUGCGAAGAGGCUCCUCUGCAUCUGCAUCGCCUGGCCGUGGUUGA